GCCCUUCUGCGCCGCAGAGCUGGGGAAGGCAGGCCAUGGCCGGCAUGCGUAGGCUUGAGCUGUCGGAAGCCCUGCAUCUGGGGCCGGGCUGGCGGCACGCGUGCCACGCGCUGCUCUACGCACCGAACCCAGGGCUGCUCUUUGGCCGCAUUCCGCUACGCUACGCCGUGCUGAUGCAGAUGCGCUUUGAUGGGCGCCUGGGCUUCCCUGGCGGCUUCGUGGACUUGCGCGACGGCAGCUUGGAGGACGGGCUGAAUCGCGAGUUGGGCGAGGAGCUGGGCGAGGCUGCGGGCGCCUUUCGUGUGGAGCGCGCUGACUACCGCAGCUCCCACGCUGGGUCCCGGCCGCGCGUUGUGGCGCACUUCUACACUAAGCUCCUGACCCUGGAGCAGCUGACUGCGGUGGAGAUGGGCGCGCCUCGCGCCCGAGACCACGGGCUGGAGGUGGGGCCAGCCCAGGACCCCACCCCGCUUCCUCCAGCCCCGGAAGGCCUGUCUCAGCUGUUUCCUUGUGUAGUUGGUGUCUGGGUGAUUAGUUACAGCCAACCUGGCCUCCCUGCAAAGAUCUUGCUCUGUCCCCUUUUUACAGGCCUCUGCAUUGUCUUUCUAAAACUCUGCCACCCAAAUCACUCUUCUGCUACCACUUUAUAAUGGCAGACUUGGAACUUUAGGCCCUAUUUUUUUCUUGCCUGAUGUUUUUUGGAAAACUUUGGCACUUGGGCUAGGGGAGAGAGGGAUAGAUUGUGUAUGCUAAUCAGGAUCAUCUAAGAGGCUUAUUAAAACUGAUUACUGACCCCACUCCCAUAAUUGCUCAGCUGGGGAGGGGAGAAAGACAUGAGAAUUUGAAUUUUUCAAAAGUUCCUAAAUAGUGCUAAUGUGGCUGCCUGGGUACCAAAUUUUGAGAAACUGGUGUAGCGUGCGUUUUGGAGGUUGGGAGCCACUAAGGUGGUGUGGGAAGUGUUGGCAUUUGUGAGAUGUAUAACAUGACCUGGGUUAUUUGUCUGCAAAGACCUGUGCCCUCUACAUCCUCAGAGGUGUGCAUGCUCGGGCCUGGUUAUGUUGAACUGAUACGGGGUGAGACCUCUGAUCUAGAAAGAUCUGGCUAGGAUAAGCUCCCUGAAUUUCCAGAGUCUUCUGUCUCCUUCCUUUCCCAGGUGCUGGGCCUGGUGCGGGUGCCCCUGUAUACCCUGCGGGAUGGUGUGGGAGGCCUGCCUGCCUUCCUGGA